GCAGGUAGAGAGUUGUUUUUUUCUCGUUUCUUCAACAGAUAAUUAGCUAAUCUUUCAUUUACAUUACCUUUGCCUGACCUGACCUGACCUAAGCUUGGUGAAACCCUUCUUCCUCUGAGUGAGUAGCUUAUAGAUUAAGCCACCCUUAGACAGACGAAGAUGGCUGCUCUUCGCCAUGGGGCUACCUUACGGCAGCUCUCCACCACUUCGGUAUCGAGGCCAACUUUGUCUCGACCAACAGUCCGCCAAUUGGCCGUGUCCAGCUCCAGAAUGGCUUCAUCCUAUUUAAAGGGUGAACCGGAUAAGCCUGUGGUGAAGACGGCGAUUCCUGGACCAUUGUCUCAGCGGUACAUCGAUCGACUGACCAAAGUUUUCGACACCCGAAGCUUGAACAUGCUCGCGGACUACACCAAGAGUACCGGAAACUACAUCGCCGACCUCGAUGGCAACACUCUGCUAGAUGUCUAUGCCCAAAUUGCCUCGAUACCCAUUGGUUAUAACAACCCGGCACUGAGAGAGGCCGCCGAGAGCGAAGAGAUGAUCGAAGCUUUGAUCAAUCGACCCGCAUUAGGCAACUUCCCCUCCCACAAUUGGGCCGACAUCUUAGAGACAGGUAUUCUUAAGGUAGCCCCUAAGGGUCUUAACCAGGUCUUCACUGGUAUGGCUGGAUCAGACGCAAACGAGACAGCCUACAAAGCCGCGUUCAUGUGGCGACGACAGCGAGACCGUGGCGGGCCUGCGGUUGAGUUCACUCAGGAGGAACUUAACUCAUCCAUGCUUAAUCAAUCGCCAGGAGCGUCUAACCUAUCAAUCCUGUCGUUCAAGUCCGCCUUCCACGGUCGCUUGUUCGGUACCCUCUCGACGACUAGGUCUAAGCCAAUCCACAAGCUCGACAUCCCUGCCUUCGACUGGCCGCAGGCCACCUUCCCUAAGCUCAAGUACCCCCUCGAGGAGCACGCCGAGGAGAACGCAAAGGCCGAGGCUGACUCCCUUGCCGAGGUCGAGAAUCUCCUUCUUAACUACCAUAUCCCUCCCUGCGCCGUCGUCGUCGAGCCCAUUCAGUCCGAAGGUGGUGAUAACCAUGCCUCACCCGAAUUCUUCCGCGGUCUUCGUGCCCUAACCAAGAAGCACGGCAUCCUGCUCAUCGUGGAUGAGGUUCAGACAGGUGUUGGUGCCACCGGAAAGUUCUGGGCCCACGAGCACUGGAACCUAGAGGACCCUCCAGACAUGGUAACCUUCAGCAAGAAGGCACAAACUGCCGGCUACUUUUACGGUGACCCAACACUGCGCCCCAACAAGCCGUACCGGCAGUUCAACACGUGGAUGGGUGACCCGGCACGCGCAAUCCUGUUCCGCGCUGUUAUUGAUUAUAUCGGAAAGAAUGAUUUAGUUAAUGCGACAGCGAAUGUCGGCGACUACCUCUUCGCAGAAUUGCAGGAGCUAGCCAAGAAAUACCCAGGCCAGUUCGAAAAUUUGCGUGGUAAGGGCCAAGGUACAUUCAUCGCGUUCGACAACCCGAAGCGCGACGAGUUCCUCAAGAAGGCCAAGACAUACGGUCUUAAUAUCGGUGGAAGCGGCGAGAGCGCUGUGCGCUUACGUCCUAUGCUGAUAUUCGAGAAGCAUCAUGCGAAUAUCUUACUCGAGAUCCUAGAGAAACUUGCGAAGAACUGAUUUUUCC